UUAUUGAUUCUGUCUUCUGUCAUCUAUCGUCGAACUGUUUUGUGCUAUAGUCUAUCCAAAAUGUUUAUAUUUACCUGUUAUUAUUAAAGUUUAUUAUAGUCCUUUUAUCUGUUAUUAUUAAACGUGGGUUUUAAAAUGUCCCUAUCAGAUAUUAAACAUUCUUUAAAAAAGUAUGAAUUUCCUGUGAGUGCUAAGGAAGCUCUUAUUCGUAUUGAACAAAUACUAGUCGGUCGUGCCGGUACAUCAAAUAAGCAAGUGGAUGGUGCUAUAGAAAUUAUAUCAGAAUUUGUAUUCUGCGAGACGGACCGUCGGAGUGGGCGCCGCAGCGGUGGUCUGACCCCACUACAACAGCUGCAACUCAUUGACAUCAUCUGUGACUAUUUGUCUUCUUGUACUAAUGAGUCUACUAAGAAUACUGUAUUCCUAUCGCUCUUCGGAGGCAUGGAGAGUCAGAGGAGGUUAAAAAUACUGAGUAUACUUGCUAGUAUGGCUGUUUCUGCUUCUAGUACUUCUGUCUUAUUAGCUGUUGGCGUAUGGCUCCAGCAGAUGGGGUGUUCAUCACCCCAAUCUCUGCAACUGGUGGAGAAUGUUAUUCGAGACCACUUCUACCUGAACACGUCCAAUCAGAUGACGCUCAAGGCGCUGGCCACCACAGCGCCGCAGUUUGUCUCCAACUUCAUCACCGCAGUUACAGAGUUGUACCUACACGAUGUCCAAGGAGUGAAUAAGUUACCGCCUAAGAAUCUUUUAGAAGUAAUCACAUCUUGGGUUUACUCAAAUCCAACACUGUGCAUGUCAGCACAACUGAACCCAGCGGCGUUGUCGAACGGCGCGAUCCCCAUGGCCGCCGUGACUCCACUCGCCGGCCUAAUACAUUGGUGUGCAUUAGCCCCACUAUACAUUGAAACUGACUCAGAAAUGGUAGAAGUUGCAGUACCAUUCAAGAAAAUAAAAAUAGAGGGGGAAAAAGAGCAAUCCAUAGUGAAGAAUUACGUGAACAAAUCACUAACCGAGUCUGAGUUGUAUAUAAAGCUACAUUUGGGCGUGUUACAUAGUCUGCGGGCGGGUCGACGCACCCACGGCCCCCCCACGGCGGUAAACGCCCAGCAUCUAGCUGGACUGGUACCCUUGGUGCAGGCAUAUGCACACCAAUUAUUGCAGAGAGGCGUGAAAUUACAUACAGAUGACAAAUUGCAGGAUUGUCUGGACAGAAUAGGACAAUCUGUCCAAGUUGCGUUAGCAAAUGGAUGUGUGUAUGGUAACAUUAACAACCUGCUGACUUUGCUUGACACAUUACCCGAGAACAGGUUAUUGAGGAUCAUCAUCAAGACGCACCAGCAAGCCAUCUGACACGUUCUAUGAAAUGUAGCGAUUUAAAGUACCUAUUGUUUCAAAAAUGUAAAGGCAUUUAAAGAGUACUGUUCAUGUCUAUAGGCGACGGUUGCCAGUUGAAAUCUAAUCAUUCUAAGUUGUAUAAAAAAGUUCUUAAUAGAUCAUUAGGAUAGAACCAUCCAAGUUGCAUAUAAAAAAUAUAAUACAAGACUAAUUAAUAAACAAUCAAUGAUUGUUCUUACGUCUUAUGUAGUAAGAAUAAUUUAACACAUUAGUUUUUAUAAAUUCAUAUAACACCAUAGUCAUGUAAUGGCAACACUUGAGGAGUAAUGUGGGCGUCAUAGAGUAGUCUAUGAUAUUUUUGUCCCUACAAUUCUUCUUACCAUAUCAAAUCUUUUCAAACUGUAAUAUCUCAAGUCUUGAAUAUAACCAGUAAGAUUGUUAUCAGUAUAUUAAAGAAAUAUUCACAAAAAAGACCAGAUAUAGAAUCAUAUAAUUUGUGCAUUGAUUGAAUGCUAAAAUUUUAAGUUCUAAUUUUAUACAAUGUACAAUUAGCCUUAAGAAUAUAGAUAAUGAGAACGCAUCAUAAUUAUCAGUUGUCUAUGUCGCCCUUUAUUUUCUCUGUGAUACCUAAUGAACAACGAUUGUUGUAACCUUUGAUAUUGAAUUAUAAAGACUAAGUUUCUAUGAAAAUUGUAAAUUUUUUCAAUUCCGAAAUCUACAUUAAAACUUGUUAUUUUUUAUUAAUUAAAGCAACAAGUUGUAUAUAAAUCUACAACUUAAAAUUUUGUGAUAUUUUUA